AAAGAACAGAAGGAGGCUCCUAGCUCCUUCCUGGGCUCAGCCAGCAGCACCUGGGCCUGUCAGCAACUGCGCACCAAACAGACCGGACUGCAUCUCCCGGGCCAAAAGCAUCGCCUGGCCAGGCAGCCAGGAGCCCUGACACCCAGCGAGUGCAAGCCCAGAGGAGAUGGCUGCAGAGCUGGAGCCAGCGCCAGCCACGGGCUUCCCCUUCCCGGUGCCGAUGGAGGAGCAGGACCCAGCAGGGAAAGUGCCUCCCGUCGUGCAAGCCGGGACCGGCGGGUCAUCCCCGAGGCGAGCAGCGCCGCAGCAGGUGAAGCAGGAGCCGCCGGAGGAGCCGGUCCAGCGCUGGGAGAUCCAGUGGCAGGAGGUGAUGCAGGCCUCCGACGCCAAGCUGCCCUCGGCCACCCCCAGCCCGGAGAUGUGGCGCCGGCGCUUCCGCGGCUUCCGCUACCAGGAGGGCGAGGGGCCGCGGGAGGUGUGCAGCCGUCUGCGGGAGCUGUGCCAGCGCUGGCUGGAGCCCCAGCACCGCAGCAAGGAGCAGAUGCUGGAGCUGGUGGUGCUGGAGCAGUUCCUGGCCAUCCUGCCCCAGGAGAUGCAGAGCCAGGAGUGGGGGCGCGGCGUGGAGACCUGCGCCGAGGCCGUGACCCUGGCCGAGGGGUUUCAGUUGCAGCAGCCGGAGGACGAGACCUUCCACGUCACAGUUCGUGUGAAGGUUGAGGAGGUGGCCUCGGACAUCAUGACACCCACGGGGGCAUUGCAAGAACCUCUCGACUCCUGGGUGGUGCAGCCACAGCCUCACCCUGCUCACGUGUCCCAGGAGGAGGCAGGACAGGGCGAAUCCCCAGAGCCCCAGGAGGAGCUGCCUCAUGUCCCCAAAGAGGAGCCUGCACCCCACCAGGAGCCAGAUUCCCCCGACACAGAGGAGACCUGGGACUCAUCGGCCGAUGAAAGCUCCACCAGCUGGUUCACCAAGCGAGACCCGUCCCCGGGAGCAGAGUAUCGAGGUCUCACCCCAGACUUAAUUUGCCGCAUCCAGCGAGGGGAGGCAGAGCUCUGGGUCUGUGAAGAUGAGGACCGUGGAGAAAGCUCAGGGUCCGAGGGCCCGUCCGCAGCAGGUGCGUGGACGCUGAUUCGAGCUGCGGAGCAGCCUCCUGAGGAAGUGCCGGCCAACCUGGAGCUGCUGCGGACAUUUCCAGGGAGACUGGGGGAGAAGGGUCCUCUGAGACCUGAGCCGGGCCGGCUGCAAAAGAGGCUGCAUGGACCGCAGAAGCAGAGGAAGAACGUGACGGCAGGCGGGAGGGAGAGCGAAACCAGGGCAGAGCCCAAGAGGAGCCAGGGGUGCAGGGAGGAGCUGCGGGACGCGAAGAGAGGCAAGACGAAGCUUCACCAGAGAGUGAGGCGGCCUCCAAAGCGGCCCACGCGGGAACAGGAGCUGGCCGCCAAGCGCCAGGAGAAAGCCCACCCCUGCCCGGAGUGUGGGAAGGUCUUUGAGUUCCCAUCUCACCUAGCCUUGCACAAGAGGGUGCACACUGGGGAGAAGCCCCACCAGUGCCCCGAGUGUGGGAAAAGCUUCAACCACCCCUACCACCUGGCUCAGCACCGGCGCAUCCACUCGGGGGACAUGCCCUACCGGUGCGCCCAGUGCGGAAAGGGCUUCAUCUGCCCCUCCUACCUGACCCGGCAUCAGCGUGUCCAUGCCCAGGAGGACGUGUGACGCUGCUGCCAGCGUGGGAAGGCUUUGGGGGCUGCUCCAGCCAGGAAGAGCUCGACCCCCACGUCGUCCCUCGCCAGCCACCGCAGGAAGAAAGGGAGCUCCCCCUUCCUCUGGCAUGCUGUGGGAAGCUAGUGUAAGCGUGACUGCUCCCAUCGCCCCUCCGACAAGGGGAGCGAGGUCAGGAUCCAGCCCAGGAUCAGGCCCCAGCGAGGCAGAGCUGUGGUGAGCAGGGAGGCUCUUAGGGAGGGGUCCGCACUGAUGCUUAGACCCCCCCCCCUCGUCCGCACGUUGACGCUGAGGCCCAUCCCUACCUCAUCCAACACCUAGAGCAUCCCUAGUGAGCCCAUGUCACUCUUCCUCCCCGCUGGAUGGAUGCUUAGCGAGAGUCAGGCCCCUCCUGGCUCCAUCAUCUGCGGUGGGACCAGAGGAACGGGUCUGUCUCGCUCCCAGGUCCCGGGCUGCGAGGCUCUCGGUGUGCAGCACUAAUGGGAUUGAUGCCGGGGGAAGCCUUCCUUGCUGUCCACCUUGAAGCCCCUGCCUGCCACUUUCUUUACCUGCCCAUCACCCUUGAAGCUCCUGCCAGGGGGUGUUUGCCAGCUUCUACCCUGUCAGACCCUCGGGGUGCAGUUCAGCUGGUUUUGCUCCUGCGGAUCUGCUCCCCCCAAGCCCUUUCUGCUCCCAGCAUCCCGUUCUGCAUCAUCGGUACUCUCAUAACAGGGGAUCCCUCGGCAGGCGCGAGGGAUUUCCCAGCCCCUUCCCUACUCCCUCCCCUAGGACGGCUGAGAUGCAGGGGCAGUUCAGGACAACGAGGAGCAUGAGCUGGGCAAGGACCAAAUCCUUUUGGGGGCAACCUCAGGCAGUGGGCCCCUGAGUGCUGCUGCCGGGGUACGAGUGGAGGUGUCAGGGGCACAAGUGACACUGCCUGGAAGGGGUGCCAGCAUGCCAGCAGCCUCUAGCCGACUCAGAGCAUGUUGGGAUCUCCUGCAGCAAGCCGCGAGAUCUCUCUCAGCUCUUGCCUCCAGGAUUUGCCCAUCGCAGCUCAUUGCAGAGUGGAAUCGUGCAUCGCAGCAGGGUCUUCCUUUUCCUGCCGUCACAUAUUUUCCUCCUGCUUGUACUGCUGGACAAUGCACACAGGGGCACCCGAUUCUCUGCCCGUGCCCGGCGUUGACUCCCAGUUCUUCGCUGCCUUUCUUGUCACUGUCUUUGACUAGUGUAACUCUAGCUGAAUAGAUGCCCCAGCUGAAGGCAGUGUCCGAGGGGAAGAGCGUGGCAUGGAUUCGUCAAAUGGAUGACGGACGUUAUUCCCAAGAGGCUCUGGAGGUGGCUCAGGGGACUCGGUUUUGUUUCUCACCCUCUCAGAGGCUGUUGUAAAUCGUUGCGGCAGGGACAGAAGCCACCAGAACAACACGGUAUGUGCCGGAAAGACGUUUAUUUAAUUUUUUUUUGAAAUCACGGGUGUUUUCUACGUUUCCUGUGCACAAUACAGUUCUCCGCACCCCGACUGCGGCUCCCUCGUCGUCUCGCCUGUGAGCCCGUGUCGUAGCUCUGCGCAGCGUCCUGAUCACCCAGCUCUGCCUCCCACCACCUGGGAUCUCCCGAGGAUUGAUCCUUCCCCCACACUCACCUCCUCCUCCUGCAUCCUGCCCCUGCUUGCAUCGCCGGGCAGAAACCUGGGGUGCUUCCUCAGCACUGGCUUUCCUCCUUUUUCCCUUGUGUGUCCCCUCACCCUUGCCCAGCUCGCUCCUCUCCUUCACAUCCCCUGCAGACCCCGACACCUGUGGUGCAUUUGGCCAGCCCUGGGUGUUCAGCCUUUGCCCAUUUGCCCAUUUAGCACCCCUGGGACCUCCCUAAGCGAUUCCCCAGGCUGUGCUGCCUCUGAAGCAGUUGCACAGAGCAUUGGCCCAAAUGGGGUCCCUGCAAAAUAAUAAAUACUUGACACUUGCCCAAAGUGUCUUCCGCAGCCUCCUAACCUGUGCCUCGUGGCAAGACUCCUACCAGCCAGUGGUCUGCCUUGCAAAAAAGCUGAGUUAAAAUCAACUCCAAUCCCUUUGCGGUGCCUUUUUUCCAAGCCUUCCCUUCAACCCUGCUGCCUGCCCCAGCUCCAGACCCCCUGGGCUUGCUCACAGCUCUCUUAAGGGAGCUCCUCUGGCCGUCACUGAGGACCAGAGUGCUUUUGCCUUCCCUGAAGCUGGGUUUAUAUAGCUCCAGGGCCUGCCCCUUUUGGCCAUAAUAGUCCUGGUUUCACAGGGGUCUCUCCUUAUCCUUCCUUUUUUUCCCAUAAUGGGGCUGGAAGCCUGCAAUUACACCACUGUCAUAAGCAUGAGUGCCACAUGGUCCAUCUCUCCCAGUAUUCACUGGUUUGCGGUGGCAGAUCCUUUACAGGGAGGAGGUUUGAAUGGGGCAUGUCUAGAGCGAUCCAUCACUGCCCAUACCCUCCCUAGCAUCUGCCAGCAUUAGUGUAGGGAUGUCUGCUUUGACAGCCUCCUGCAGCAACAAGGGCCCGUCUACACACGAUGCUUUAAUGAAUCAAAACUCGUGGAAGAGGGGAUAUCUUUUAUUAGGCGAACUAGAUAUUUGCAAGCAAAUUAUUGUAUUUAUCUGCAAGCUUUCGGGCAAACUCACCCUUCAUUAGAGUGCAAUUCAGCAGAGAUUGUAAAAAUUCUCCUAAGUAGAAAAGUCAUAUUUAAUUAAAUAAAAUACAAGAUAUCACCUCUUCCACAAGUUUUGAUUCCUUUUGCCUGUGGACCAAUACAGCUACAACCUGGAUGCCUGACACUUCAACGCGCAUUGACCAGAGUUAAUGCAGUAAUGGGGUGCACGUCUACGUGUGUGCAUCCUUAAUGCACAUUAAAAAUGGAGAAUUUAGGCUAUUUGUGCCUAAAUUUGAUACCUUCAAAUGCAGGUAUCAAAUUUAGGCAUGAAUAAAAGUGCAUUAAUAUGUGUCUAUGCGUUAAAGUGCAUUUUUAAUGUUGUGUGUGCGGACUGACCUGGGACUAACUUUAGUCCCAGAUCAGUCCACACACAGCGUUAAUGUGCUUUAACACCUGCACAUGUAGAUGCCCUCCUAAACCCGCUUAGUGCACAUUAAAUUUAGGUGCAUUUAAAUGCACAUGUAGACACCUCCAUAGGACCACACAACUAGCAGGUGCCUUGUGGAUCAUUGCAUCCAGCCUGCUGCUGUUACAGGCAUCCAGGCUUAUAGUUUAAUUCAUCAACCCAUCAAGCUCCCUUUCCAGCCUGUACGAUCUCACCUCACCCUGCCUCCUGCUCCUGGGAGGCUGUUUCAGAAGGGCUUUCCAUGGCUUAGCUUUCAGCCAAAAGUCACUUAUUGCCAAUAUUUAAUCACUUGUUCUCGAGCUAACCCCCUCCCUGAGCUUUGAAAUCUUUCCCUUCCUGCUGUAUUUAUGGAGAGCAAUCGCACCAGCUCGUAGCCUUCACUUUGUUGGCCUACACCAGCUGGGACUCCCUUAGUCUCCAUUUCCCUGAUCGUUUCCUAACCCCUCCAUGUGCCUAUGACAGCUUGAAUUAACCUUCCCUGAACAGAGUCAAUGCUCACAAGUUGGGAAAUGCCCAUGCCUCCUCUUUCCCCCUAUUGCAGUUUUUUUCUUUAAAAAAAAAAAUAAACUUUUACAAUUUUUAA